AAGCCUCUUGGGGAGAGGAGGCUGAAGCUGCCUCCUGAUUGAUGCUGUUCAUUUUGUUCAAAAUAGAACCGAAAACUUUGUCAGCUCUGCCCAGGUGCCAAUCAUCUGAGCCCCAAACCGGGAGGGGAGACCCUUAGAGGUCGGCUAGUCUGGCCCCCUUCAUUUCCCCUUCCUUCUCCCUCUCCAGGAUUCUCCCCAGCUCAGCAUAGUGGGGGGAGGAGAGAGGAAGCCAUGGAACUCACAUCCUGGUUCUGCCCCAGGAGAGAGGGGACUGGGAGACCCCAUCACCAGUCACAGCCUGAAUGCAGUGCCAGCCCCGUGCUAAACGCUGGAGAUACAGAGAAAGGCACCAGCUGGUCCCCUGGUUCCCCAGGGGUCAGAAGGAGAGAGCUCAGGAGCGCCUCUGAGUCUGCUCAGGCUCCAGGUUCCUCCCUGCCACCCUCCCUGCCUCUCAGGGUCUUUGUGAGGAGAGGAGCCUGCUUUUGAAGCUCAUUGGUAUCUGGACUGACCGUCUCCUCCAGUCAUCGCCAUGUCCGCCCUGAUCGUGGAGAAUUUCCGCUUCCUGUCGCUCUUUUUCAAGAGUAAGGAUGUGAUGAUCUUCAACGGGCUGGUGGCCCUGGGCACGGUGGGGAGCCAGGAGCUCUUCUCCGUGGUGGCCUUUCACUGCCCUUGCUCCCCCACCAGGAACUACAUUUACGGCCUGACGGCCAUCGGGGUGCCCGCCCUGGCUCUCUUCCUCAUCGGCGUCAUCCUCAACACCCACACCUGGAACCUGGUGGCCGAGUGUCAGCUCCGCCGGGCCAAGAACUGCUCGGCCGCCCCCAACUUCCUCCUCCUGAGCUCCAUCCUGGGUCGGGCGGCCGUGGCCCCCGUCACCUGGUCCGUCCUCUCGCUGCUCCGGGGAGAGGCGUACGUCUGCGCCCUCAGCGAGUUUGUGGACCCCUCCUCGCUGGCCCAUGAGAACGGGGGCUUCCCGCAGGACCACGCCGUCGAGGUGCUGGCCAAGUUCCCCUGCGGGGAGGCCCCGGCAAACCUGUCGGGCUUCCAGGAGGAGGUGAGCCGAAGACUCAAGUACGAGUCCCAGCUUUUCGGGUGGCUGCUGAUCGGUGUGGUGGCUGUCCUGAUCUUCCUCACCAAGUGCCUGAAGCACUGCUGCUCCCCGCUGGGCUACCGCCAAGAGGCCUACUGGGCUCAGUACCGCGCCAACGAGUCCCAGCUGUUCCAGAGGACGGCCGAAGUGCACUCCCGGGUGCUGGCCGCCAACAACGUGCGCCGCUUCUUCGGCUUUGUGGCCCUCAACAAAGAUGACAAGGAGAUGCUGGAAGAGUUUGUGGUGGAGGGGACCCAGCCGAGGCCCCAGUGGAACGCCAUCACCGGCGUCUCCCUGUACCGUGAGAACCAGGGCUUCCCGCUCUACAGCCGGCUACACAAGUGGGCCCAGGGGGUAGUGGGCAACGGGACUGGGCCGGACAACCUGGAGAUGGCCUUCCUGGCUUCCUAGUCCUGCUGUGUCCCACCGUCCCCACACAGAGUGGCUUCUAGAAUCUGGGGUCCGCAGCCACAGCUGCCCCACUAAAUCCAGUUUGCCCGCUUCUUACUGUUGCUCCCGCUCCUAUGUGGAUGCCAAUCCCGUGCCCAAACCCAGGAGUUAGCAGAUUCCCAGAUGAUUCUGGGGUGGAUCAGAGGCAAACUGCUUUUACUAGCAUCACCAACGGGCCAUCAAAGGAGGCUGGAGGGCGGUGAGGGUGACAGCGUGUGGAAGCGGCCCAAGUUUGGAGAGAACCUGGUGGGCAGUGCAGUGGUCUGAGGACUCCUGGCACUCGAGCCCGUCCCACCGCAGCCUGCUGGAUCAGCGGCUUUACAAGAUGUUUUGGUCUUUUCCAAAGAAAAGCAGCUACUUGCACAAACCUCUGAACCCCAGGACACCAGAAAGAGUCACCCCGUGCCUACCGGUGGGCUCCUUAUGAGAAUGAAGUUGAAUGCAGUUAACUUGUGUCUAACUGCAUGUGAGUCAGGAAUGGACAUCUUCAGAAAAGGAAGAUUUGGAGACCUGGGGGAUCCCUAGUAAGCAGUUUUCCUCCAGCUUCCACUGCCUUUUUCUCUUUUUAAACAUUUUUGAUAAAGACUUUGCUGUAACAUUG